AGGCAACAACUACCGCUAUUAAUAUAUACACAGCGGAUUCCUUCUCAUCGGACUUUCAUAACAGCUUUGCUUUCUCUGCUAGUAAAGCCUCUCUUGUACCUGUCUCGAAUCUCAAUCCAGGUAUAUAUCUUCCCCUCAUCUCGACUCCUUGGAGAACAUCUUCGAACAAAACAUGAAGGACGACACAGAUUUAGCUUCCUCUUCUCCUCCCACAAUGCCCAACAUAAAACCAGAAGAAGAAAAUGAUAGAGAGUAAGGAGCAUUCCUUCUUGUGGAUGUAACUAAGAGCAGUUCACGACUCGAUGGAGGGAAAUUGCGAGAGGGAAGAGCAUGCUCUGGAGAAGCACGUUGCCUUCUUUGACAGGAACCACGACGGCCUCGUUUAUCCUUGGGAGACAUACGAAGGUUUUCGGGCAAUUGGCUGCGGAAUUCCGUUGUCAGCCAUCAGUGCGAUCCUCAUCAACCUUGCUCUUAGCCACAAAACUCGCCCGGAGCAGGGGAAAUUUCCAUCCUUACUUUUCCCGAUAGAGGUCGCGAACAUCCACAAAGCCAAACACGGGAGUGAUUCUGGAGUAUACGACUCCAAAGGAAGGUUUGUACCUGAGAAGUUUGAAGCAAUCUUCCGCAGGCAUGCACGGACUCAUCCAGAUGCGUUGACGUCAGAUGAGCUGCUAGAGAUGCUGAGGUCUAAUAGGGAGCCUAAAGACUACAAAGGAUGGGUUGCUAGUUGGUCAGAGUGGCAGGUGCUGUACUAUCUAUGCAAGGACAAUAAGGGUCUACUGCCCAAGGGAACCAUCCAUGGCGUUUAUGACGGUUCCCUAUUCGAGCGUAUGGCGAAGGAGAGAGAGUCGAGCACAAAGAAAUCAUAAUUUGGCUUCUGUUUCUCUUAUUGUUGCACGAAAAAGUUCCUACGACAUUCUUUCCACUUUCAAUUCUAUCCCAUGCAGAUGCUCAAUGUCGACGGCUUAGAGCAGAAGACUUGAUCUGGAAACUUAAUUUAUUAACUAUCUAUUGUGGCAAUAAUAACAUAUUAUGGCCUGGGCUUGCUGCGUGAUAAUAUAUAAUUGCUAGCUAAUUAAA